AUGCUGGAACGCUUCCGCGAAGAUGAUGACCAGAUCUCUGGCCUCAAUUACGCCGAACUAGACGGCGAAGACCUUACGCGUUGCGAGGAAACGCACGAGAGCGUCAUGAACUACAACGACUAUGUCAGCCAGCCCCAUAUCCAACAAUUCCACGCAGAUAUGGAUCGUAACGAAAGCGCUGAGGAUUGCAGAAAAGGCGGCGAGGAGGAGGACGACGGUUCCGAUUCCGAGAUUGGUGCGAGUUCCAUUGGGAGCGGGUCUCCUUACCCUCGACCUUAUAUCCGCCUCGAGACCUCAACCGGUGACGAAGACAGCUUGAUGAUUCCAUCGCGAUUCCACAAAAGCCCCAUUGACAGGCAGUUUGAAGGCGCUUGCGAACAUCUUCCAGUAUUCAAUGAACGUGGGACAAAGGUAUCUGACAUGGUCAAUGGUCUCGUUCAGGAGAUCGACGCUCUGCUGGAGAUCCCCGAACUUGUCUCCUUUCGCAAGCAACAUCCUGACAUGUCCGACUCGGAAGAAGAUGUCUACGCCGACCCCUCCGCAAAGCCUGAGCCUCUUUGUGUGUCAAAGAAAGGGACAAUUUGCUCCUCAGCAAAGCCAGCACCCCUGGAUGCCCAGAAGGACACAACGACUGACUCGUCUCCCAACACCACCUUGGCCAUGCCCGGACCGUUGCAGAUCAACAAAAUCAAGCGGAAGCCCGUGGCCUCUAGAGCCAGCAGAAUCCCCUUGCGAAGCAAUUCGGCGAAACCUGUAGCCCCGUCUUUCAAGAACAACAUUCUCCAGCCCAUUUCAGGAAAUGGAAAAGGCCGCCGAGAUCGAAAUGCAAUGUCUGACAAGGAGAACUGGCAGUCCCGGCCAAACGCAAGCACAGAGUUCGCAAGAAGCCAGGUCAAUGCGCGAUGGGCUGAUUGGUCUCUUGAGGCACAGGAUAACACCUCUUUAUUCGGAGAAUUCUCUUUGCUCCAGUCUGCCAGGAAAAAAAUGGCCUCGAAAAAAGACAGUCUGUUUUCGAGCCCUGAUCCCGUCAUCUACAUCGACCCAGAGGAGCGAACCACGUGUUUGGACCUCGACAAGACAAUCACUGGCACUACCACACCCCUUCCUGUCAUCCCGGAGGAGGAUGAACCUGAUGAGGAUGACUCAAUUGACUUCCUUCUCGAUCCGAUCCAAAACGCGCCCAUCCGGCCGAAUCGCAAUCUCCUGCUCGAUUGCAGUGUAACAUUGACCUGGGACAAAGAGGCGGCCUCGGCCACUUCCAUCCAAGGGAUCUCGCCCGAUGACGACAGAAGCUCCUUCAUUGCCACUGCAUUCCAUGAUUCCCCUUGUCCCCGACGAUCUAUCAACAUUGAUGCCCUGAUCCAUCAAAUUGCACAGCCCCUCGAUGAAGCUACUUAUGAUGACGAUGGAUUCCUCGUCGAAUCCAAGGUUGAUGAGCUUGAUGUAGGAGCCACUGACCUCGAUGAACAGCUCAGCCGUCGCCAGGCCUAUCCCAGCCAGAUUCUACUCUGGCCUCUCCGUCAUUCCCAGCAGACUGCCGAAUCUUCGGAAACCGAGGACGAAGAUACAAGCUCGUUUGCUGUUCCUUGCAAUCGUGACAAAUGGUGCCUUCCUGAAGAUAUACUACCUGAGGUAUACCGUUGCGGAGAGUUCCUGUCGCUGAGAAAGAGAUUUGGCGCUGGAUCGCAAGAUGCCGACGAGAUUUGA